CAGUGAGUUACAUCUAGACAACAUGAAGUUUUACAGUACUGCUCUCCUUAUGGCCGCCGCAUCUGCGAUGGUGAUGGCUGCUUCGCCCACCCCUAUGGAGCAUAUGUGCUCUCCCUCCAACAACAACGGCAAGUGCGAGGGUCUGAACAAACAUAUUGACACCAGUCGGCACUGCAACUUGAGCGGCGAUGACAAGUGUUCUACCUCCUACUGUUGCAUGGUUAAACACGACGAUGAUGAUAUUGAUGACGACGUGAUGAUGUGCUCUCCCGAUAACAACCAGGGCAAAUGCGAGAGUCUUGGUAAGAAAAUUGACAAGCACGUGACUUGCUACAGAUAUGGGGAUGGAAAGUGUGCCAGUUCUCACUGCUGCAAGGCCCACCAUGAUGAUGGUGAUGAUAGUGAUCACGAUGAUGAUGAUAAAGAAGACAAGAUGGAGUGUUCCCACGAUACCAACCAAGGCAAAUGUACGAGCCUGGGCAAGGAUGUAGACAAGCACGAGACCUGCUACAGAUACGGUGACAAGAAGUGUGCCAGCUCUCACUGUUGCAAGGAUAAGAAGUAAGACGAGAACUAACCAAGGGGUAUACUAUAUUAUACAUACACAAAUCAGUUGAUAAGGGCAAGGGCUAUAAUAGAAACGGUACCGAUGUAUUGGUGAGUUUAAACUGUUGCUAUUAGAGAAUUCACUGUUGGACAGAUGCUCGUGCAAUCAUUUCAAAUUUGGUCCAUUGUAAAUAAAGUACGCAAAGGUAUGUACUCUUCGAG